AGCGGGAGCAGGAAAAAGGGGAGCAACGAGCUUUGUUUGCGCAAUUUAAGCGGUCCGAUGAGGAAAGGAACCAACGGAUAGCCGAGAUGGAGGAACUACUGCGACAACAUCUGUCAGUAGCACCUUCCGUGGCUAGUGCUCCGUUAGACCCUAAUGCACCCCGAACGGUCCCUGUUGGCAAUGGCAAGAACCCCCAAAAUGCUGGCCCCCAAACAUCAGGGAACGGCAAGCAACCAGAAGAAGCUGGUCCAGUUGGAGGAAAUGGAGGCGAGCAACCGGAGGAUGCCAGCCCAGUGCAGGGAAAUAGUGGCAGAAGACCGGUAGGAGCUGCUCCAGUAGGAGGGAAUG